AUGAAAAAAUUUGCACAAAGAAGCGCACGACCUUCAGCAGCCUCUACUUUUGUUAAAAGAAAUAGUCCAAAUAGAGUCAGAAAUCGGGAUCGUUUGAAAGGGUUUCAAUUGGAUUUAAAACGAGUACAAUAUGCUUUGCCAGAUAUUAGCAAAACUACUUUGAAAAAUACUCAAAAGCGAAAGUAUAACCCUGCUAAUUUUGUCAAGAAUCGUGAGAGAAAGUUCCCUCAGACUAUUAUUACAAAGGACAUCAAGGAUAAACUAUACAAGCCUAGAAGAAGAAUCAAUAAUGGGUGUAAUUCUCCAACUUCGGUAACUUUAAGACCACAUGUUGGGCUAAUAAAGAAGAAUAGUCCGACUAAGCCAAAGGUCAAACCAAAACCUUCCACUAGAUUUGUGAGUCCGGAUGUGACACGAAAUGAAGGCAGCUGCUUAAUGAUGGAUAAUAACGAUUUCAAUAUUUCAAACACGGCAAAGAAGAAUAGAAAGAACUUCAAUCUUACUAAUCUCCAGUUGCUCUAAAGAAGAACUUCAAAAAGAAGAGCAUCAAAAAGAAGAGCAUCUUGGAAAAGGCUUUAAUGCAGCAUUCUCCUGGACUAUUUAUCAAUACUAAGCAUGCUUCCAUGGUGGAAAAACAGAAAAUACGCCAGAACAACGCUUCAAACUACAGAAUUUGCUCUCCAGGCCAAGAGAAACAGCCACUUUUAGGAAUGAAACUUUUCUAUGAUUACAAAUCUCCGAAAAACAGGAAGACUCAUCCAAUGCUUUCUGAAGAAAGAUACAUGAAAAAGAGGGAACAUAAAUAUAGUGAUGAUUCAGACCAGGAAGACCUUAUUAAGACAACCGAUGAAAUAGGAGAUCAUCCAGAUGCAGACCUUGCAGAAUUUAAAAACGACUUGAAAAGGAAGAAAAAGAGAAAGAAGUACUCUAUUUAUUUCAACAAUCUUUGCUCUAAGCCUUCGAGCGGUGAAAUAGCAAGAGUUAUCUGUAGAGAUAGAAGAGAGAUUGAUCAGAACGCUUGAACAGGUUUUAAGGAUAUGCUAGCUUUGGUUAAUGACAUAAGACCAGCAUCUAACAGCAACAAUCUACCACAAUAAGGCAGUAGCAUUGUGCCUCACCAGAGACAGGAAGAAAUAUUUAAU